AUUUUUUUUUCUAAAGUAUUAUUAACAAUUAACAAAUCCCCUUUCCCCAAAAUGUGCAGUGAGUAGUAGAAAGUAGGAAACGAAAUGGAGUUGACACUGAGUGGAAAUGCAGUGAAGACAUUCUCCCGAUCCAUCACGUGCCUUGCACGCAUUGGCAAUGAGGUCGCCAUUCAAGCCUCUGCUACCCAGCUCACAUUUCACACUCUCAACUCCUCAAGGUCCGCCUAUCAAUCAAUUACAUUCAAACCUGAUUUCUUUGAUGUCUUCACUGUUUUUGGUCCACAGAUGCAAUGUAGUGUGCUCUUGAAGGCCAUUUGUUCUGUAUUAAGAACACCAAUUGCCAGUAUAGAUCAUUUGAGUGUGUCAUUGCCUAAUCCUGAUGCGUCAAAGGUGCAGUGGACACUCAACUGCCAUAAUGGUAUGAGGAAAGCUUAUUGGAUUACUUGCAAUGUUGAACCUGACAUACAACACCUAUCCCUUGAUAGGAGAAAGCUUCCAAGCAACUUUGUGGUGAGGCCUCGUGAUCUGAACAGGUUAUUGUCCAACUUCCAAACAACUCUUCAGGAGAUCACAAUCAUUGCUACCAAUCCAACUUGCUUACCUCCUGAUACUGCAACUGAAAUUGGAGGGAAAGCUGUUGAGCUCAGAAGUUAUAUAGACCCAACAAAAGAAAAUGAUUCAUCACUACACACUCAGUUGUGGAUAGAUCCCACUGAAGAGUUUGUGCAGUACAAUCAUAUCGGAAACCCUGUGGAUGUGACAUUUGGAGUGAAGGAAUCGAAGGCUUUCCUUUCUUUCUGUGAGGGAUGUGAAGUUGACAUAGAGUUCUAUUUUGAUAAAGCUGGCGAGCCAAUUUUAAUGGCUCCAAAAUUUGGUUUAGACGAUGGCUCCAACUCAACUUUUGAUGCCACCUUGGUACUUGCAACCAUGCAUACGUCACAGCUCAACACUGCAAGCUCCUCGGAAAAUCCACAAGUUGCUGGCACUUCCUAUGGGCAGGCUAAUGAUGGAAGACAGGCCCCAGUCCAGGAGAGGUCAAAAGGGAAUUCUGGGCUUCCAUCUGAUCAGACCAGGAUUUGGUCUGAUCUUUCAGGAAGCAGAACAAAAGGUGGUAAUGGUGCUGAACAUGGAAAGGAAAGAAAUGAGAAUGAUAAUGAGCAAAGGGAAAUUCAGAAAAUUGGUGCGAUACACAUAUCUGAAGCUGGAGCUGGAGCUGCUGGAAGAAAUAUGUCUGACGUUCAUAAUGACUUCCGUUCUGUGGAUGGAAAUCCUUUGGAAGAACCUCAAGGCAUGCCAGUUUUGGAAGGUCAUGCUUCUCAACACCAUCCUAGUAACUGGGUAGAAGCAGAUGACGAUGAUGAUGAAGGAGAUGAGUCAGAGUUGUGUGUUCAAUCAACGCCUCCAUAUCAUUAGGAAUACAGCAGCUCAAGUUGUUCUAUAAUCCUUACAAGUAGUUUGUUAUUGAUGUAAGUAUGCACAAUUGUCCUACCAAUGCUCACUGAAGUGAGGAGUCUCAACCAAUGGCACGAUCCUAUUCUACGCUGGCUAUGUAGUUUAUGGGGUUUGAGUUAUCCAAACUCUUAUCUUAUCUACUUUGUACUUGGUUUCCUCUUACCUAAGUUCUCUAUAGGUAAAUCAUGUUUACCAUGAAAUAUAA